ACCAUGUUCAGCAAUGUUAUAAGUGUUUUGCUUACAAUUUGUUGCAAUUAAAACGUCUUUAUAAGGACACAUGGUUAUUGUAAUGUUUUAUGCUGAAAUGUAUUUGCCUGACGUGGGUAAAAAUGGGUGCAAUUUGUUGUUAGACCAUACUUUGUCUACAUGAAAUAAAGAGAAGUAAAUUAAGUAAAAAGUAAAACAAAUUAUUUGGUCUUGGUAAUAUAAAAGGUAAGAACAAAGUAUUCAGUGUCAGUAGUACUCUAUUAAAGUGCAAAUUCCUCAAAUUAAUACUUAAGUCGAAUAUAUCAGUGCAAUUUCUCAAGUGCUUUACACUCAUGUAACUUUUAAAUUGAAUCAUUACCUGCAUUUAAUGUGGAGGCCACUAUGUGUCACUCUUGUUCCACUGGCUGUGUUAAAGGCGUGUCUCUUCUCCUCCUCCUCAUCAUGACCAGCCCCCUCUCUCUGUCUCUGCUCUCUCUGAUUCUCUCACCCUCUCCUUCGUAUAUCUCUUGUAUUUAACCUCUAGAACGUCGGGCUCGGAUGUGAAAAGCCAUCUAGAAAUAUUUGGAAUAUUAUUUGCGGUUUUGAACCAGCUUUGAGGAUUUUUGACGGAUGCAAAACUUCCAUAAUUUUGGAUUUAUUGUCGCUAUGGUUUUAUCCUGAACACAGAAGUGGAGCUUUGGUUGUUUCCUUUUGUCUCUGGUGCCCCGAAACGGAUCCUAUAUUCAAUUGAAAUUAAACUCAAUUUUUCAUUAAUUUUGAUGGCAAUUUUCAGGAUUAUUGGGGAGAAUAAAUAAGCAAACAUGUUUGUAUCUACACAGAGGCAUUUACUCGCCUGCUUCUCAUUUGCUUUGACCUGUCAAUUAUUGGAGGCUGCAACCGGACAGAUCUCAUACAGUGUGUCGGAGGAGGUGAAAAAGGGAACCACAGUCGGUAAUAUAGCUAAAGACAUUAGCCUUUCAGUAAAAGAUCUGCAAUCCAGGGACUUCCGUAUUGUGUCAGGCUCUAAAAAGCAGUAUUUUAGUGUAAAUAUAGAGACGGGCGUUUUGCAGGUGAGCGAAAGAAUCGAUCGAGAGGAGCUUUGCGCAGGCGCAAUCUCGUGCUCCGUUAAUCUGGAAGCCCUAGUGAACAGUCCAUUACAGCUCUACCGGGUAAGAAUAAACAUUCUCGAUAUUAAUGACAACUCUCCAGUGUUUCCAAUGAGCUCUGUAGUGAUUAAUGUCAGUGAAAGCACCGCACCUGGUGUGGUCUUUCCACUGGAGAGCGCGCAUGACGCAGACAUUGGAGUGAAUUCAGUAAAAACGUACAAGCUUACAUCUAAUGAUUACUUCACCUUAGAUGUACAAACUCAAGCUGAUAAAACGAUCUUCGCAGAGUUAGUGCUUCAAAAAAUUUUGGACAGAGAGAAGACUCCACGGCUUGAGCUCACAGUGACUGCGGUUGAUGGCGGAUCGCCUGCCAGGACCGGAAUCGUUGUGAUCGAAGUUAAUGUGAUAGACACAAAUGACAACGCUCCAGUUUUUAGUAAACCAUUAUAUAAAGUUUCCAUUGCCGAGCACGCGCCAAUUGGCACCACUGUAACUAGACUACAGGCUCGAGAUCUAGAUGAAGGAUUCAAUGCGGAGAUAGUUUACUCCUUUAUCAGUCGAACACCCCAAAAUAUUUUGGAGAUGUUUGAAAUUGACGCGCAAAGUGGAGAUGUUAGAAUUAAGGGUGAUGUUGAUUAUGAGGAGAAGGCCGCUUUUGAAAUCAGAGUUCAAGCCACCGAUAAAGGUCCAGUGACUAUGGCAGGUCAUACUAAGCUUUUAAUAGAGGUCCUAGACAUUAAUGAUAACCCCCCAGAUGUGACUGUAACAUCACUUCUUAGCCCGGUAGAGGAAAACGCGGGAAGGGGAACAGUAAUUGCCCUAAUGAUGGUAUCAGAUCCAGACUCAGGUAAAAACGGAGCAGUACGCGUUCGCCUUGCUAGCUCCAGUCCAUUUAAAUUACAGUUAUCCUUUCAGAACUACUAUUCAUUAGUUUUAGACGGCGUUCUGGAUCGGGAAAACGUUACAGAGUAUAGCAUCACAGUUAUUGCUGAAGACGAAGGGUCACCGCCAAUGUCCAGAGUUAAAGUAAUACAGGUGCAGGUCUCUGAUGUGAAUGACAAUGUGCCUCGCUUCCCAAAUUCUGUAGUUUAUGCAUAUCUGCGCGAAAACAGCAAAGUGGGCUCCAUUAUAUCCACAGUAAGGGCCUCUGAUGCUGAUAUCAUGGAAAACGCACACAUAACAUACUCUUUACUACAAAGCUCUGUCACUGGUACUCCUGUUACAGCGCUCCUUAAAUUAAACUCAUUGACGGGAGAGAUUGAGAGCAUGAAGUCGUUUAACUAUGAGGAGAUAAAAACGUUUGAGUUUAAAGUUCAGGCCACAGACUCUGGUGUUCCUCCGCUCAGCAGUAACGUGACUGUAAAUGUUUUUAUCCUGGAUGAAAAUGACAACAGUCCCGGGAUUCUCGCGCCCUAUUCCGAGCUCGGUUCCGUUAACACGGAGAACAUUCCCUAUUCUGCUGAUGCGGGCUACUUUGUGGCCAAGAUCAGGGCUGUAGAUGCAGAUUCUGGUUACAAUGCGCUGUUGUCUUACCACAUCUCUGAACCCAAAGGAAACAAUCUGUUCCGAGUCGGAACCAGCAGCGGGGAGAUCAGGACUAAGAGGAGAAUGAGUGACAAUGACCUGAAAACUCACCCGCUGGUCAUUUUGGUUUGUGAUAACGGAGAGCCCUCACUGUCAGCGACUGUGUCUAUCGAUGUUGUGGUUGUUGAAAGCGCAGGUGACGUCAAGACCACAUUCAGACAUGCGCCGAUAAAGGAGGAGAGUUUCUCGGAUUUAAAUCUGUAUUUGCUGAUCGCCAUUGUGUGCGUGUCCGUCAUCUUUUUACUGAGUCUCAUCAGUUUGAUGGCUGUAAAAUGCCACAGGACAGACAGGAGUUUGGGCAGGUACAGCACCCCGAUGAUCACCACUCAUCCUGACGGGAGCUGGUCUUACUCCAAAUCUGCUCAGCAGUAUGACGUGUGUUUUAGCUCGGACACACUUAAGAGUGACGUAGUGGUUUUCCCUGCGCCAUUUCCGCAUGCAGAUGCAGAACUGAUCAGUAUUAAUGGAGGAGACACUUUUACCAGAACACAAACACUCCCUAAUAAAGAAAAGCCUAAAGGUCCCGGUGCAGACUGGAGAUAUUCAGCGUCCCUUAGAGCAGGAAUGCAGAGUUCAGUCCAUAUGGAGGAGUCAUCUGUGAUGCAGGGUGCUCAAGGAGUUCUUGUUCAGAACUGGCCCACCGCCUCUAGCGCUCCCGACAAUGAGGGUGGAGAGGUCUCUCCCCCUGUAGGUGCUGGAGUGGACAGCAACAGUUGGCAUUUUAGAUACGGGCCGGGGCCAGGAGGCCCUCCACAUCUGAAACCCGGUGAGGUUCCUCCUGAAGCUUUCAUCAUCCCUGGUUCUCCAGCCAUUAUUUCCAUCAGACAAGGAGACGGAGACGACAAGAGCGAUUUUAUUUCCUUUGGAAAAAAGGAGGAGGCCAAGAAGAAGAAGAAAAAGAAGAAGGAGAAGAAGGAUAAGCGGGAGAAAGGAAAAGAUGAUGAUGAUGACGAUUAGAGAGACAGCGGAAACAGUUAAAGCAAGAGCUGUUUUGUUUUGUUUUUUGUUUUUUUAAGACAGAAGUCUCAACGAAAGUCUGUAGAGCAAAACUUAUUUUUAUCAAUCCUAAAAUCCAUAUUUGGGGCUCAAACAAAUAUUUUCUGUUGGAUUCAAGUGAAAAAUUUGAUUUUCUGUCACCUCCGAUCUCUUUCACGCAGAUAGCUUCCCCUUCCUAUUAUUUAAGUAAUUGAUUAAUCUCGCCUUGAGUUGUUACUUGAUUGAUUAAUAUUCUCCCAUGCCUCACCCACACUAUUCUGCAUAAUAUGUCCUUCAGACUCAUGUUGGUACAUCUGUCUUAUUUAUCCUUUUGGUUUUUGUUUUCCAAUCUUUUCGAUAGGGAGACAAAAUCUGAUUGUUUGUAAGCUGUGUGCCGCUUCACUUGUGCUAUCGUGGUAAAAUGGAGACAAAAUAAUUGAGAUUCAAAAUUGAGUUAAGUUGGAUAUAAUGGAAGCAGGACACACACUGCUGUAAAUAUGCAGUUUGGGCACCGCUGUAUGUAAAGCAGUAAAGAUGCUAUAUUAACGCUUUUGCUCGUUCACUUCUUCUGGUGUGGGAUGGAAGAAACAUCCUUUUAAACAAGAGACACUGAUACAUUUUCACUUAUAAAAAUCGCACAUACUGGACAAAUGGGGGGAAAAAAAGUACAUCAAAUGAUGUACUUUUAUUUUGUUGCUUUAAUUAUGUUACCAGCAAAUGUUCUCCAAGGCAUAGUGUACAUGUGAGAAAGUAGUCUCAUAUUUAUACACACAUUCACAUAUAUAGACACAGAUUUAGUAAACAGGGUGAACAAUCAGUCAUAUCUAUAGCAACUACCAAAACUUCUCCUGCUUGGAAUUGUUUCUAUCCUGGUUGGCCUUUUGAUUAACCAGCAGUUGGACAAGUCAAUAUCAUGUAAAGCUCAUAAAAAUCAGCUCUUCUGGAGCCUGGUUAUGUGCUCUGUUGUUAAAGGGAUGAUUGUUUAUGCAUUAUGAACAGUAUUACUGUUAAUUCACCAAACCUCAGACACCUUCAAUCCUAUAAACUAUCCUUAAAUAUCCCGUGAAGAAAAGGCUUAGGGGUCUUGAUUUUUUUCUGUGGCAUUGCCUCAUACAUGUAGUUUCCCGACUGUCCUUGACCUUGUCAUCCCAACCCUAAUUCUGUGCCUGCUUUCUCAGCUCAGUAUGUCAUACACAAAACCUAGUUGCCUCCUUUCUGCUUGCUGUCUGGAGGACCAACACACCCUAAGAGCAAAGAACACAAAAUAUUAGCUAGGGGUUUUCAAAUUUGAUGGGUAGGGGUUUUUUCGUGCACAGUUUUUAUAAGCUUUAAGUGAACUUUAUUGCUACUGUACAGAGCUUCUGUCUGUCUGUCUCUUCUUGAUCUCUCUGCUGGAUAGGCUAGCUCUAGACAUUGUGGUGUACUCAUGUAGUAUGGAGAAAUGCAGACGACGCCUGUCAAAUUCCCCCCCGCCGCAGAGGACAGAGGCUCCCCCCGCCGCACUGUAAUAUGUAAAUGAUCCAGUGCUGUCCAAUCAACUUCAGCUCUGCCUCUGUAUUAGGCAAUGUAUUUUUUCUGGUCUCUAAACUCAUCGGAGAUUAGUAGAGAAGAACUUUGGGGUGAAAAUAGUGGCUUGCCAGUUUGAUCCGAUGUUGAAGGUGAAGUGUGUAAUUUCUGUGCCAUUAGCAGCACCUAAAAUAUUUUUCCCCCCGUCUGCCUUUAAUAGAUCCAACUAUUGGUUUUGAGCUCUGUCAGGCUGUUUGGGUUGCUCAAACAAACAGAGCAAUGUUUUCAAAGACAAAUUCAGUGUUUACACUUGAAAAAAGUAUCUAAACCUCAGAAAAUAUACACAUCAUCUGUACAUUGUUAUAAAAACAACCAAGUGUUAUUUAUCUGAUAUCAAUAAGACCGGACUGUUGUCUCCACUCCAUGCUUUCUAGCGUCUGGUUACAGUGACACGUCUGUGUUCUGAUGCUAUUGGUUCCCUCACUUGCCUGCCUACCUUGUUGCCACAAACCCAAAAAUGUCUCAAACCGAUGUCACAAUUACUCAAACGUGACUGCUGCAUGACUUUACCAGAAAUAAAACACGUACUAUAUAGAGAUAUAUAUGAAUAUAGAUAUAGAUGGCUAUGAUUUUACUAUUUUUGUUUAUUCUUUUUAUUCAUUAAUCACAAAAGAGAUUUGUGUAUGCACCAUCUAUGAGCCUUUUUCAUACUGACACCUCUGCACCGACUUACAGUGGACAGUUAUGACGUUACUAAACCUUGGUAUUUGUAAAUGCUCUAUAGUGUGAUGCCCUGAAGCUCUUGGUUUUAUCCUAUUCUUUUCAUUUUUGUUUUAUGAAAAAAAAAAAAAAAAAAAACUUUUUGUGUUUGGCUUUGACAUACCGAUCAAACUAGCACUGUAUAAUGUAGCUAAAUUAUGUAUGAUGAUUCUAUCCCUACUCUUUCACUUCUUUGACAAAGGAAAAAAAAAAAAACAGGAAAAUCAUCCUGAUGUACAAUACAAUAUAUGUAGUUUAUGCUUGUAUCUAGUGAUUGUUCAUGCUGUCAUUAUUUCUUAUUGUCUGGUGGUGAUCAGUAGGUGGCGCUGUGCUGUCCAACUGAAUGGCGGUCAUCUGUUGUAAAACCCUCUUUUCUGUACACCUGUUCAUCAAUAUGUGAUGGUGAAUUAGUGACCUUCAUUCCAUUCUUAUUUUCUCUUCUUUAUUAUAUAUUUUUGUUUCAUUAUGAUGGAAAAGUGGUAAUGUGUUUUGUUUAUAAAUCACAAAAUAAAUAAACUUUCCUUUCUUAAGAAUGUGA